AUCGCUAUAUUUGCACAGUGCAAUUUUUGUUUGUGUUAAAUUUAGUUGGUUCGUUUUGGUCGCAGGCUUUGUCAUGGGCGAUAGCGACGAUGCGAUAUGGCUGCAAAUCGGUAUUAAUCCGCAACAUAUUGUUUGUGACUCAGAUGAGGGCGUCUACAAGCUGAUUUGCGACAAAAGCUGGCUACAAACCCUCGAGCGACAGCGCAAACUUUCCCACUUUACGAAUUGGCCACAGUUGGAUCGAAGAGCGCAUCCUACUGGACCAUUGGAGCACCCCUGGACCCGCAUCCUAGUGCAAACGUAUCGCAAGCAACCACAACGCAAAGUUUACCCCCUGCCACCACGGACAACAGUCGAAGAUCACGCCCAGUUGCCCCUAAGUUACUCACAAGCUGUGGCUAAUGUGGCAAGCAGCAACUUCAAGCAAUUGUGGCAGGCAGCUUACAAACAAUAUGCGGGCGCCCAUGUCAAGCAGUGUCGCAGUGGUGCCGCCAAGGCAGCCACACACAAUGCAUCAUCGGCUGCCACACUGCAACCGCACGAUGUUGUGCUCAAAGAGUUGAUACAACGCAUCUACAACUGUUCGGUGCUGCACUGUCAGCAGGAGACGGAUGCCACAGCCAGCUGGGAGCAGGACUUGUCGGGCGAUUGUCAUGCGAAUGUGCUGCCCGCGUUAGUGGCCAUUGAAACCAGCUGCCACUUCUGCGUCUUUCAUUAUCCGCCCGCUUUGGAGUGCAGUCUCUAUGACUGCAUCAGCUACAGUCCAGCGUUGCUGGGUCGAGGCUACAACAAGUCGCUGUUCAUCAUCUAUCAGCUGCUACAGCUGUCGCGACAGCUACAGGCGCAGGGCUUGUGCCUCGGCGACUUGCGAUUGCAGCACGUGAUGCUGCGCGAGAAUCUCUGGCUGCAAGUGUUGCCGCGUCUGCCUUGCAAUCUGUUAAUGGCUGAACCACUGGCCGCGCUAGACAUGUCGCCGCUAAGCUGUUCUGAGCUGCCCGAGUCACCGGGCCAUCAGCCCAUGGAACCAUCUAUUGAUCUCAAGCUGGCCUACGAUCCAGACCAGUUUAAUCUGCGCGAAUACUGCGAAAUGUGGUGCAAUGGACAACUGUCCAACUUUGACUAUUUGACCGUGUUGAACAAUGCGUGUGGUCGUAGCUUAACGGAUGCAGCGCACCAUCACAUUAUGCCCUGGGUGACGGAUUUUGCGGGACGCAAUGGACUCAAUUGGCGUGAUCUCACAAAGAGUAAAUAUCGCUUGAACAAAGGCGACAUACACUUGGAUUUGAUGUACACCCAUGCCACACAGCCUGGUGCGCCUGUAGAGCAGUCGCAAGUGCCGCAUCAUGUCUCCGAUUUUCUCUCAGAGAUCACAUACUUUGUGUACAUGGCGCGGCGUACACCCCAGUCCAUACUUUGUGCGCAUGUGCGUCCCAUUUGGGUGCCCGCAGAGUAUCCGGUGUCGAUACAACGACUGCAGGAAUGGACGCCUGAUGAAUGCAUACCGGAGUUCUAUACAGAUCCGAUGAUCUUUAAGAGCAUACACGAAGAUUUGCCUGAUCUGGAGCUGCCUACUUGGGCCAGCUGCCCAGAGGAUUUCAUUUGCAAGCAUCGCGAGGCACUGGAGUCGCAAUAUGUGAGUGAGCGACUGCAGCACUGGAUCGACUUGAACUUUGGCUACAAAUUGAGCGGCAAGGCGGCGGUUAAGUCAAAGAAUGUCUGCUUGAGUCUUGUGGAUCAGCAUUGCAAUUUGAGUCAGCGCGGAAUUGUGCAGCUGUUCACACAACCGCAUCCGCCACGUCGUUAUGCCUCCGCCUGGUUCAGCAAAACGGCACCCAGGCUGUCGCAGCUCUAUGGCCAAAGUGGUGGCCCAGUGAGCAGCAGCAAUAAGCGACUGGCGCGCAGCACAGAGAAUCUACAGGCAGCAGCCGCCAGUUAUGGGAGCGUGGAGCACAGUUCGCCACGCAUGUCAUUACGUGUGCCCGACGAGCAAGCUGUCUCGGCCUCCAACUUCUAUAGCAUGACCAACUUUAUAGAGCUGCCAGCGCAAUACAAUCCAGCGCUGUUGCUUCAGCAGCUGGAGACACUCGAGACGUUUUACGCACGCACCUUUCCACAACAGCAAGCGGCCACAAAUCCCGAGGAGCAGAUGAUCAAUAGCGACCUGCUGUUUGAACAGAACUCGGCAGAUCAUUCGUUUACGAAUCAACUGUUUGCUUUCGAUGCUGCUGCAAUACAAACCAAGUCGAAGAAUCUGCUGGUCAGCUCGAAACGACGACAGCAGAGUCUGCAGCAGUUGCAGGUGGAAAGGCGCGAACGCGAGUUGCAGGUUUUGGGCUGCCUGAUUGUGGAAGUGUUUGCCAUGCAGCGACUGCGUCCGCUCUUGACGAGCAACGGCGCCAGCGCCAGUUUCGAGUGUCGCUUGGCCGCAUGUCGCACGCUGGCCCAGCAUCAUGUGCAGGAGCUGCCCAAGGCGGUGCGUCGAGUGGUGCGAUUGUUGUUGCAACUGGAGCAAGGAGAGGCAACAGUUGAAGGGCUGCCAGUGCCCACGCAUGCGGCACAGCUGUUGGAACCGAUGUUUGCCAACACGCUGCUGCCUUUUCCCAGCCACUAUUUGGCUGUCUAUGGCUUGGUGCGUUCGCUGCACAUGUUCCAGCACAACUUUGAGCUGCUCGAGCUGCACACGCAUCUCAACUGCAACGGUGGCAAUGAAUGUGCUCGCUACACGGAACUGGAUCGUCAGCGUGUGCUCUUCGAGCGCAAGAUUGCCGAAUGCAAAGUGAUGUCCUGCUGUGCGCAUGUGCGUCGCCUGCUGGAACCUGUCACGUUUGGCUACGAACAGUUUACGCCCGUGGAGCUGCUGCUGCCGCACAUCAUAGAUUUGUUGCGCGACGAACGCACCUCGAUUCUGACGGCUUGGCAUCUCUUUGAUUGCAUUGCCCAGGCGCUGGGCGUGACACAGACGCAACAACAGCUCCUGCAGCCGUUGCUGAAGUUGUACGAUGUGGAGAGCAUCACAGCGGUGGAUGAGGCAAACAGCAGCAGCGGCAACAGCAGUGGCAGUGGCAGCUGCGGCAGCAACAGUGCUGGUGGCAGCCACUUGCGUUUCUCAUCGAGCAGCAGCUUCAAGUCACGCAAAUCGGUAAAACUCUAUCAUCACAGCUUCCUGUUGCGCUUGAUUGUGCGCUUUGGGUUGCGCUGCUUCCUACAACAUUUCAUUGCGCCAUUGAUUGAGGCUGUCGGUGGCUACAAGGAGCCAGAACAAGGCAAUGGAUAUCACUAUCACAGCGGCGGCAGUCGACGCACCAGCAAGAAUCUCAGUUUUGCCGUCGAAGAGCCGUCGACACAGCAAUUGCAGCAGCAACAACAGGAGUCGAAGCCCGAUGUUGAGGAGUUGUUUACCUUCGAGGAGGAUCAAGAGAACAAAUCCAUAGACUCCUUUGACAUGCGUCCCUCGUCCACGGCGAUUGCGGAGGAGGCUCGUGAAUCCGCGGGCAGUUCACCCGACAAACUGGCCAUCAAUGAGCUGAUGUACGGAGCCAAAUUGUCACCGGAUAAAAUCUCCCUUCAAAGCCAAGGCCAGACACCGCCUCCCAUGAUGCCUCCACCACCAAUUGGACCACGUUCACCCACCAUUGAGAUACCUGCCAGCGGCAUUCGUCGCAGCUUCCAACUGAGUGCCAUCGACUGCGACAUUGGCUCACGCAAGAGCGUCGACAGCUUUGAGCUGAUCAGCCAGGUCACGAGUGCUGUCAACGAGUCGACGGAAUCAACGGAUAUCCAGCCGGAGACGGAGGGCUGUGACUCGCUGCAGGCGUCAGUUAUAUCCCGCAUCUCGGAGGCCAAAGCAUUGCAGAAUAAUCGCAUCAGCGAGAUGAGUGCAGAGAGUUUGGUUUGGCUGUCGCAUCGCUUGGGUCCCGUGCUCACUGCCCGCCACAUUACACGCAAUCUGCUCAAGCUGCUCUCGCUCUGCUACGUUGGCCAGGAGAAUCUGCUGCCCGAGAUGGACGCUUCCGAGACGAGCAGCAGUGGCAUUGAUCUCGCUGCUGCGGAUGCCGCCAAUCUCAACUACUUUAGCAUUGCCAAUGCGCGAGUUGUUGGCGAUCGCAGCGCGGCUCGUGUCCUCGAGUGUCUCAUGUCCAUUGCGGCACUCUACGGCGAAAACUUUUUACUGUUGCAGUAUUUUCCACACAUCAGCGAGCUGAUUGGACUCUGCUCAAAGCGCAUUACUGGCAGCCUUGAGGGCGCGAUCAUCAGUUCGCUGCAGCUGGUGAAGUACAUGCUGCCAUGCCUGAUGGACGCCAGCAUUAUGGAGCAUCUGCAGCACAUACUGCUCGACGCCAUCCUUCUGCCCAUAUUGCGAUUGCUAAGCUCGACUAAUCUCCUGAUGCCAAGUGGCUAUUUGGGUCGCUCGCUGCUGGCGAGAAAGUUCCUCGAUGCCUGCUAUGCGCUAAGUGUUCGUUUGGGAUCUGACAUGACGCGGGAGCAUCUCUGCCAGUCGCUGCUGACGCCAUUCUUUAUGAUCUUCAACAAGGCCUACGGCUUGCCCAAUGAUUUCAGCUGCCAGCUGGCGAGUCUUACGCUGAGUGGCGGUGCUGGACAACAGCAGCGCGCACUGGAGGAGCUGCGCGAUGUCUUUGGUCCAGAGUUGGCACACACUGCAUACCUCGCAUUCCUGCGCUUCCUGGGCGAAGCCAUCAUGAAGCGCUCGCUAAGCAAUCUGGAGUUUGUAUUGACGCUUUGCCACGAGCAUGAGCAGCCCAAUGCUGCACGCCGCAAAUCCGAGAGCAGUCCUUCGGCUGCAGUUAAUCAGGCCGAUGUGGUGGAUGCUUCGAUGGCGCCGAAUAGUUUUGGCACACAGAUUGUGGGCAACCGGCUGCAGGUGGCCAGCAGCAGCAUGGAACUGCUCGACAUGGUGGCCUAUAAGCUGGAUCAUAUGCCUAGCACGCGACACCUAAAGGGCAACUGGUUGGCCUAUUGGCGUCAUGAGACCACACGCAGCGACAAGGAUAAUCAGGCGCUGAAUCUCAAACAGAUACGUCUGCAAUCCUUUGUGGGGCACACGAACUCGGUGCGUGCCAUUUAUGCGCUCGAGAAUGAGAAUAGUUUCAUCUCCGCUUCAAAGGACAAAACUGUGAAGUUGUGGUCACUGCGCAGCGAGGGCGACGGACGCAAGAGCAGCACCUGCCAAUUCACCUACACGGCACACAAGAAGUCCAUACAUUCCCUGAGCUUCCUGGAAUCCCUGCGCUACGUGGUGUCCUGCGAUGCAGGCGUGCAUCUCUGGGAUCCAUUUAUAGGUCGACCACUGGGCAUACUCGAUGCCCCUAGACAUAGUGCAGUGACGGUGGUCAAGUGCUUGCCCUCGCAUUCACCACUUGUGGUCGCCGGCACAGCGGAGUCCACAGUUCGCAUAAUCGAUGCCCGCUCCAUGCAGUAUGUGAAUGAGUGGCGUGUUUGCCAUGCGGCGCUGCCCAAUGCCACAGUCCGUUGCUUGGCUGUCGCUCCGUCGGGCAAUUGGUUGGCCGCUGGUCUCUCGUCGGGUGCCAUUGUGCAGCUGGACACGCGCACCGGCAUCGUGCUCAACUCGUGGCGACCCAUGGAAUGUGAUCUGCUGCAGCUGACGGCGCCCAGCGAUCAGCUGCUCAUUAGUUCGGCGCUGGAUCACAGUCUGGCUGUGUGGCAUGGCCAAACCGGCAUACUACACUAUCAGCUCAAGCCACCAGCGGAGCCAGCGCAUUUCCUGCAGAGCGUGGGCACAUCAUUGGUCUAUGCGACAACGGGGAAUCGCGUUGGCGUCUAUGCGGAUGUGGGCAACUCGCAUGCCUUGAACACCAUCACCAAAUUGCGUCCAGAAACAUUCCGUGGCGUGCUCACCUCCCUCGCCGUGUUGCCCCUCAAUCGCGCCUUUUUGACCGGCAACGAGAGCGGCAACAUUGCACUCCUGUGCUAGCCAGGAUUGGACAGAUGAUAUUAAGACAGAACAAAAUGAUUUAUCUCUAUUUUUAAACGGCACCAAAUAUUAAUCUAGAUUACCUUAUAUAUACUCGAUCGAAGCAAUAGGAUUUAGUUACCACUUUAGUUAGAACUUACUCCAAAAACAGGACGUAUUCAAUUCCAGCACAACUAAUUUAAUUUGUUAGUUUUAGGCAAUAUUGUUUUUUAUUGUUGAUUUCGAUCCACAUCAAAGGUAAAAGGCAAACAAACAAUACACAUGUUUUGUAUUAUACAAGUAUAAAUUACACAACU